UCACAAAUACGGCGACGAUUUAGCGCACGAGCUUGUAGGCUAGCGCGCGCAAAGAAGCGUUUAGCUUCGUAUUCGAGAGGAAAAGUCUGAUGUUGCGAUUUUUCCAGAAGACCGUGUUUAGCUCGCGCUGGUAGGGGGUCUCUUAAGGGGUUUAAAAAAAAAAGGCGUUUACUUUCCAUUAUUCGCGGACUCAUUGAUACAGAUGGCGGCCACAGUGGAGGAGCUGUACCGUAAUUACGGCAUCCUUGCCGACGCCAAGGAAGAUCUCAGCCAGCACAAAGAUGCAUACCAAGUUAUUCUGGAUGGUGUAAAAGGAGGGCCAAAGGAGAAGCGGCUUGCUGCACAGUUCAUUCCAAAAUUCUUCAGCAGUUUUCCAGACCUGGCAGAUGCAGCAAUUAAUGCACAGUUGGAUUUGUGUGAAGAUGAAGAUGUAUCGAUUCGCAGACAGGCGAUCAAAGAACUUCCACGCUUUGCAGCUGGAGAGAAUCUACCCAGAGUAGCAGACAUUCUCACACAACUACUUCAAACAGAUGAUGCAGCAGAAUUUAAUCAAGUAACCACUGCACUUAUUUCCAUAUUCAAAAUCGAUGCUAGAGGGACACUUGGAGGUCUUUUUAGCCAAAUUCUACAGGGAGAGGAUGUUGUACGAGAGAGAGCAAUUAAGUUCCUCUCUGCCAAAUUGAAGACGAUGCCGGAAGAAACCUUGACCAAGGAAGUAGAGGACUACAUUCUCACAGAAACAAAAAAGGUUUUGGAGGAUGUGACUGGAGAGGAGUUUGUUCUUCUAAUGCGAGUACUGUCUGGCAUGAAGAGCCUGCAGACGGUGAGCGGUAGGCAGCAACUGGUGGAGCUGGUGGUGGAACAGGCCUUCCUGGAGCAGGCCCUCAACCCUGCUGACGCUGAUGGCGUGGACCGACUGCUGCAGUGUACACGCCAAGCAUUGCCACUGUUCUCAAAAAAUGUGCAUUCCACACGGUUUGUGACAUAUUUCUGCGAACAUGUUCUGCCUAACCUCAGCAUGCUCACCAGCCCUGUAGCAGAACUUGACAUCCAGCUUGAAGUACUGAAACUGCUGGCUGAGAUGAGUCCGUUCUGUGGUGACAUGGACAAACUCGAAUCCAACCUCAUGAUGCUAUUUGAGAAACUUUUGGAAUUCAUGCCCUUGCCCCCUGAAGAAGAGAAUGGAGAAAAUGCUGGGAAUGAUGAACCCAAGCUCCAGUUCAGCUAUGUGGAGUGCCUCCUCUACAGUUUUCAUCAGCUUGGCAAAAAAUUACCAGACUUCCUUAUUGACAAGGUUAAUGCUGAGAAAUUAAAAGAUUUUAAGAUAAGGCUGCAAUACUUUGCACGAGGGCUGCAAGUAUAUAUUCGCCAGCUCCGUGUGGCCUUGCAAGGCAAAACGGGUGAUGCUCUAAAGACUGAGGAGAAUAAAAUCAAAGUGGUGGCUUUAAAAAUUACCAGCAACAUCAAUGUUCUCAUCAAGGAUCUUUUCCACAACCCUCCAUCGUAUAAGAGCACUGUCACUUUGUCCUGGAAACCAGUGCAAAAAACUGAGGCAGCGGCCGUUGUAGGGCAAAAACGAUCUUCUGGUGAGGGUGUGCCUACAGGAGACAUUGGAAAGAAAGUUUCCCCGUUGCCCAGGAGGGAUGCACGGCAAAUAUAUAACCCCCCGAGUGGUAAAUACAGUGCCAGUAUUGGAAACUUUGCUUAUGAGCAAAGAGGUGGCUUCAGAGGUGGCCGAGGCAGAGGUUUUGGACGAGGAAACAGAAGUCGAGGACGGAUUUACUGAAGGAGGACUAUAUAACAUUUUUAAACAUCCAUCAACACAGCUGCAGGUCUGCCACAUGCCAGCAUCUCUACUGUUCUGACAUCAGUCCUGUUAGUCUUCCCAUGUACCACUUAAACGUACUUUAUCCCUCCCAAGGUUUGCUCCUGUUUUCUUAAUGUAGUAUUGAUAUCAUACUUUGUUUUUGUUUGUUUUUAUUUUUUUAUUUUGGUUGUGUUUUUUGAUGAUAAAAUCAAAGCAAUUGUGUAAUAUGUACUUUUUGACUGUAUUUGUAUGGUGGCAGAUCUCUUUUUUUUUUUUUUUUAUCUUAGUUUUUCAUGUUUUGUUUGAUAGUGUCUUCACAUGACUUUGUAAGAUACAUUUGUUUGGAAUUGCAUUUUAUUAUAAAUCAGUUAAGUCAAAAAAAAAUCUGCUUAUUGGUAAUUUUUGAAAAAAAGAUAUUUAAGAUUAUACCAGAUCUCCAACUAGGCCCUCACUUUGGGCUUUGUAAUUUUGAAUUAGUAAAAAACAGAGUGUGGAAUUUGUAGUGAUGUGGUCCUUGAUAAUCCUUAAAUAGAUGAUAGUUGCCAUAAUUUAGUUUCAAAUAUUGACUGGUUCUUACAUUUUGCAAGCAAAUUUUUCAAGUUUAAGGACCUAUUUUAAACUUCACAUUUUGCAUGCAUAUUUUACAGCAGUCGAAUUAGGUAUUUGAGUGUUUUGCAUAAAACAAUUGUUAAUUCUAGUUUUUAUAAUUGACAAGCAUACUUCAACUGAAUUUGUUCUGCUUGGUAUUGACAGUGGCUGGUUCUGCUUGUUAAUAGGGAUGCAAAAGUUGAAACCAUAAAGAAAACAAAAUAAUAAAGUACACUUUUCAUUCUGUGUUGCUCAUUAAUGA